AUGGAAGAGGAGCUGAUACUGCUCUGCUCCCUGCUGGUUCCAGCCAUGUUAGCAGACGUGACCGAUCAGGAGAAAGAAAAGGACCCCUUUAAGUACGACUACCAGACCUUGCGGAUCGGCGGCCUGGUCUUCGCCGUGGUCUUCUUCACGGUUGGCAUCCUCCUGAUCCUGAGCCGGAGAUGCAGGUGCAGCUUCAAGCAGAAGCCCAGGGCUCCCGGAGAGGAGGAGGCCCAGGCAGAAAAUCUGAUUGCCUCAAAUGCGGCAGGAGCAGCGAAAGCAGAGAAUGGGGAUGUGGGCACUGGGACAGUGCGCCAGGCUGUGGAGAGCGCCUUCCCCUCGGGGCGCGCCGCGCGGCCCCGUCUCAGAGCGAGGCGAUCCUGGACGACGGCGGACGAAAGCUUCCCCAAGGCCAAGAUGGAUCGCUUUUCUUACGAUUAUGAGACCAUCCGCAACGGAGGGCUGGUCUUCGCUGUGCUGGCCUUCCUGAUUGGACUUGCCAUCAUCUUCAGUCGGCGCUUUCGCUGUGGAGGGAAGAAGCAGCAACGACGGCAAGGUGAAGACGACAACCUCUGAGCAGCACGGCCCUGCUCUGGAGGGGUCUGCGAGAGCCAGGAGGAGCCUGGCAUGGCGGCCCUCUGCGCUCCAGGGAUGCACGUGCCCCUUUCGCUUCUGAGUGGCCCCCAAAUCAACGGCAUGGAGCUCCGCGUCUGAGGGAG